AGCGGCGGUCGUUCUGAGGCGCCGCAGGCAGCGCCCGUCCCGUCAUCCGCUGCGUCCCUUCCCUCCGCGUCAUCUCCACCACCCGCCAUGGAAUCCGUCGCCUCUUUUCGAGUACGGUUAUCGGCGAUGCGUCUCGCAUCGCUGGACGGGACUAGCAGCCCUCCGCACGGUUUCCCCCCUAGGAGUCGGCGACUGAUCCCGUUCGUCGCACACAACCCGCGUCGCACACAACCCGCGUCGCACACGCGAUCCGAGCCGUCGGAUUGCGCACCUUCCGCGAAAUCGGCAAGGAAGAAACAUGGAGAGUGUUGAGGCGCGUGAGCCCUCCAUGCAAGGAGCGAGCGAAGCAGGAGGGAACACGGGAGAGCGAAGGAUCAGGGCGGUCGCCAAUGCUCACUCACUCGCUCGUCUUCUCUCUCUUCACCUCCGCCUCCGCCGCAUCUCACUCGCCCCUCCCGUUCCUGCGCUCUCUUGCCGCGCGCUAUUCGCCGAGGCUCCGCCUUCAAUAACUGGGUAAAGGGAAGAAACGGCUUGAGUGAUUAGCUGCUGUGAGGUCGCAUCUUCUUGAUGGUCGAACGCAGCACGCGAGAGCCGCGAGAGUCGUGAUAGCAACUUUUGGUUGCUGCGCGCAACGCUCUCUGCCUGCGCGCAACGCUCUCUGCCUCGCAGCUUCCCCUCUUUCAGCUCGAGACGCCUCGAAGUGUCGCUGAAUCUCGAAUCUGCGGUGCUUUCGCUCGCCACUAGCCAAUGCCGCUCCCGCCAUGGAUGCUCCCAAAACGAGCAGCGGCAGCGUCCGGGCCAGAACCAGCAAGAGGUCUUGGGAGAGCGGCAGCAACAGCUGCGUGGAUGCAACAACUGGAGGUCUCCUGUGCGCUCCCCGCCAUGCUUAUGCUGCUGCUGCUCGUGGCUACCCGCCCUGCAGCCUCCGUUGAGUCACAACAAGCCAAUCGACUGCACCAUUCCAACCCGCAGCACCAGCACCAGACUCCUCGUUCCCUCUCCCGCCUCUUUCCCCGCGCGCCCUCCUCCCCUUCCUCCGCCUGGCUGCCUCCCUGGCUGCAGGAGGGGCAGCGGCCCCAGGGGAGGACGUUGCUGGGGAGGAGAGAGGGGGAUGGGCGGAGAGGAGGGAAAGGAGAGGCGGAUGGUGGGAGGGGGGGCGGUGCAGAUGGCUAUGGCAAUGGGGAGCAGCACCAGGGACAUGCUGUGCUGACGGCUGCUCUUGUGCACCAUAGUGCUGCGCACGGGUGCGCGGGGGAUCAUGUCACGUACCACACGCGGCAGCGCCACAGGGACAUGGCUCGUAUGUGCGCAGUGUUUGCGCCUCUAUCUCCAGGCAAUGAUGCAAGCACGCCUGCUGCACCCCGUGUCGCCCUUCCAUCCGUGAAAGCUGCCCGCGUCUUGCAGCAGACGUCUGCAGCAGCUGGCGCAGUGCCCGGCAUCGCGGCAUUCGACCUGGGAGGGCGGACCAUUCCCUAUGGGCUGUACUAUCUGAAUGUGUCGCUGUCAUCUCCCGCCCGCUCCUUCUCACUCGUAUUCGACACGGGCAGUGACAUGCUGUGGGUGCCGUGUGACUGCAUCCUGUGCGCCACUGACUCCAGCCUCGUUCCCCUGAGCCCCCCCUACCGCCCUGAGGACUCCCUCACAGCGCAGCCUGUCACCUGCAGCAGCCCCCUCUGCCCCUCCGGCCGCCCCAACAUCGGGUGCGGCGUGGCGCCCAACAUCUCCCGCGCUCUGCCAGUCCAUUCCAACAGCUCCUCCCCCCUGCCCGCUUCUUCCUGGCCCUCCCCAAGUGACACGUGUCAGUAUGUGAUUCGCUACGGGGAUGGCAGCAGCACGGAGGGGACUCUGGUCACGGAUGUGAUUAACCUCAGUGUGACUCAAACGGGGGCGGGUGCAGUGGCAGCGAGGGAUGAGACAGUUGCAGCUGCCACGUCAUCGCCGUCAGUGCCAGGUGGCGGCCAGGCAUUGGUGGAGGGCGCAGUAGGGAAGGGGAGUGGCGUUGUGAGCUCACGGGUUGUGUUUGGCUGUGGCCGUCUGCAGUCCGGCUCGCUCAUCAACAGCCCCUUCUCCGUGGACGGCCUCAUGGGCUUUGGCUCGGGCCCGCGCUCCGUCAUCCGUCAGCUCUCCUCGCUGCCCUCGCCUGGCGCCUCGCCCCCCUCCUCCCUCACGGCCUCAGCAGCCCAAGCAGCAGCCUCCCCUGGAGCAGCAGCAGCGGGGGGCAGUGAGCAGCAGCAAGGGGCAGUGGUGGCGUUGGCCUUCUCCUUCUGCCUGGACGGGGGGGACACAGGGGGGGGGCAUCUGGCCCUCGGCAGGGCACAGCAGCCAGCACACAUGCAGACGGCUGCGCUGUGGCACAUAGACAAACUCCCAUACCACUACAUCAACAUCAGCAGCAUGAGCAUUGGAGGGCGCCAGGUGGCAGACGCUGAUUCGCUCUCAGCAGUGAACAGAUCCAGCCUGGCUGGCGGCACCAUCAUUGACAGCGGCACCACCUUCACUGCUCUGCCGCCGGCUGUCUACAACUCACUGAGAGAUGUGGUGUUCUCCGACCCACUUCUUUCUGCCUUCGCCGACCCCACCCUCGGAGACUGCACCCUCUUUCCCAGUAAUGCCACCCUCUUUGACGAGGUCUUCCCGGACCUCCUCAUCAGCUUCGGCAAUGCGACUUGGGCCGUUCCUCCCACCAACUACCUGUUUCUGGGGGGCUUCAUGCCGCGCACCCGCAUGGUACUGCUGUGCCUCGCUGCUCUCCCCAUCUCCUCCUCCCGCGUCGCUGCCAUCAUUGGAGAGUCGUGGCUGCAGAAUUUCUACAUCCUCAUGGACGAAGAAAGAGGGCUGUUCGGCUGGCAUCCCCUCAACUGCUCCACUGGCCAGGAGCUGUUCCGAACGUCACUUCCAAAAGUGGGAGGCCCAGCCAUCCCCCCUGCCGCUGCCGACAGCUCUGCUCCCAGCCGCGGCCGUGGGCCAGAGAGCGUGCUGCCUCCUGCUGAAGGCCGAGCCUCUGCAGGUGACUCUUCCUCCACGCCACAAACAAAGGGUGCAACAGGAACCAGCAUCAAGAUGAUCAAAGCUCGUUUGUAUCGACUUGUCUUGCUUGUUCUUUUGAUGCUGGUGGUGUGGGUGUAGCUCAUCCAGCUUCCCUUCGCAUACGCUUUUUUUGUCAAAUAUAUGUAUAACUCAUAUUUGUAUAGACUGUAUAGGGUCACCGCUUAGAGGGUACAACACUCAUAGGUAUAUACCCUUGUUCUCUCUCUCUAUUCAACACUUGUUCAGUUUUUC